AUGCUAGCUUCUGAUGUAUCAGCCGAAGAGGAUCAGCCAAGAAUGGAGAACCUCCCUGAUGAUGUUUUAUGCUACAUAUUCAUCCGUUUACAGGCACGAUUGGUUGGUCAAAUGAGAUGUGUAUCUAAGCCCUUGAAUGCUCUUUUAUCUCAACCUUAUUUUAUUAAAUCUCACCUUAAUCAUUCAAUCCGCAACAACUAUAAAUCAUUUAUCCUUGGACGUGCCAGGUUCCAAAACAAACUAUUCUGCUGGCCCCAUGGUCCAGAAGGUAUUCAACUUCCUGCUAACGCACCAUCGGAAGAUGCAGAGUGCUUUAUUAACGGAUCCAUAAAUGGCUUAGUAUGCUUUUCAAGUUAUGAUAACAGGUCGGGUGAUGGUUUUAUUCACAUUUGGAACCCUUCUCUCUCUGCCUUUUUAACUCUUUCACCGGGAUCUAAUAUUCACUCGGCGGGUUUUCAUUUCAUUGUUCGGUUUGGUUAUGAUCCAAAAACUGAUGACUACAAAGUUGUUAACCUUAACUUCUCCAAACAAGACAAUACAUACACAUCUUAUGGGGGGAUUUUUUAUUGUAAAAAGUGGCUGCAAGUUGAGGUGUAUAGCAUGAGACAGGGUUGUUGGCAUUCAAUCACUCAAAGAUUUCCGUCACAUGUUUGUAGGAUCCAUUAUCAAAAUUAUCCUUGCGUAGAUGGACUUGAUGGUAAUGUUUAUUGGCUCGGUGAUCUUGGCGGGGAGAGGAAGCUACAAACAAUAGUUGUAUUUGAUCUUGGUGCGGAGACUUUUAAUGAGAUAGCUCUUCCAAAUUGUAUAGCGUAUGAUAAUGAAAAUCCCUUAGCUGUUUUGUCAGGAAAUCUUUGCUUGUAUUCAAGAGAUAGAGAGGGUCAGAGCGAGGUUUGGAAAAUGGACAAGUAUGGGGUGGCUGAUUCAUGGGUGAAAAGCUAUAUGUUUCCACAAAAUUGUGGUAUUGUAAGACCAUCUGGAUUCACGUUGAGUAAUGACUUGCUUAUGACAUGUUACUUGCAUAGUAUCGCAUGGUACAAUCUGAAUACAGCUGAGGUCAAAUACAUUGAGAAUAAGGAACCUUUUCAUGGACCCGAAAGUCUUUGGUAUAUUGACAGUCUCGUUUGGGUAGCACCUCCUAAACGCAUUAUGGGAUCGAAAGAUGGUGUUCACUGCAACUUAUUCAAAAGAUGGAUUAAAGAUUUUCUUAAAAGUUUUAAGGUUAAGUGUAUAGGAUGGCAACAUGUUAUUGGCUCAUUUACAAAUAAAUGAUGUACUUUUACCUGUUUUACGUAUAAUAACAACUAGCAAG